AUGCCACAACUAAACCCCGCACCCUGAUUUGCUAUCUUAGUAUUUUCAUGAAUAAUUUUCCUUACAAUUGCCCCAACCGGAAUAGUUAAUCAUGUAUUCACCAAUGAACCAACCCCAGUGAGUGCCGAGAAGCACAAAAACGAAUCCUGAGACUGACCAUGAUAA